AUGGCCGAUGAAACCGCCGCAUCCACACAGCCCCAGCCGCCGCCCUCAGUGGAGCAAACCGAAGCGCCGCCGCUCCAAGAACCGGAGCCCUUCAACGAGCUCCCUCCCACGCCGUCGGUCGAACCGGAAUCCCUCCCCGAACCACCCCUAGCUUCGGUGCCGCUGGACCUGCAGAAGGACUCUCCCCCGCCGAUGGUCGAGAACAAGUUGAAAGAGGCCGUGACGGUGGUCGAAAAGGACACCCCUCUGGAUCUCCCGCCGCCCGAGCCACCGCUCGCGGCCGAGCUCGUCACCGUCUCCGCCGCCGCCGCUUCCCAGCCGCUAGCAGCGGCUCUGGCGGUACCGCAGGAAUCCGAAUCCCCCAAAACCGAACUCAAAGAGGUAAUGUUGCCGGAAAAGGAGAAACAGACAGCCGAAAAGCUUAAAGCGCCGGAAUCAUUCGCUUCUUUUAAGGAAGAGAGCAACAAGAUCUCAGAUCUGUCCCAUCUCGAGCUGAAAGCUCUAGAAGACUUCAAGCUCCUAGUUCAAGAAGCACUUAAAAAUGGCGUCUUUAGCGGCGGGUCCACUUCCGAACCCGUCAAACAUCCCGAACAAGUAUCGAUCUGGGGAGUGCCCCUGCUGAGUGACGAUAGGAGUGAUGUCAUCCUGCUCAAAUUCCUACGAGCCCGCGAUUUCAAAGUCAAGGAAUCAUUCUCCAUGCUCAAAAACACCAUGAAAUGGAGGAUGGACUUCAAUGUGGAUGAACUAAUUAAGGAGGAUUUGGGGGACGAUCUUGAAAAAGUCGUCUUUAUGCACGGUCACGACAAAGAAGGUCACCCGGUGUGUUACAAUGUGUACGGAGAGUUUCAGAACAAAGAAUUAUAUGCUCGGACAUUCGGGGACGAGGAGAAAAGAACCAAAUUUUUGAGGUGGAGGAUUCAGUUUCUUGAGAGGAGUAUAAGGAAGUUAGACUUCAGUCCUGGUGGGAUUAAUACUAUCUUUCAGAUUAGUGAUCUCAAGAAUUCUCCCGGGCCCGGGAAAAGGGAACUAAGGAUCGCUACUAAACAGGCAUUGCAGAUUCUGCAGGAUAAUUAUCCUGAGUUUGUCGCGAAGCAGGUUUUCGUCAAUGUUCCAUGGUGGUACCUGGCUUUCUAUACUAUGAUGAGUCCAUUUCUUACUCAACGGACCAAGAGUAAAUUUGUAUUCUCUGGCCCAACAAAGACUCCUGAAACCCUUUUCAAGUACAUAUUGCCCGAGCAAGUGCCGACUCAAUAUGGUGGCCUGAGCGUUGAUUACUGUGAAUGCAACCCAGAAUUUACCGUGGAUGAUCCAGCCAUGGAGAUCACUGUCAAACCUUCUACUAAACAAACCGUCGAAAUUAUAGUAAAUGAGAAAUGCACGCUCGUCUGGGAGCUUCGUGUCGUGGGCUGGGAAGUGAGCUACAGUGCAGAAUAUGUCCCGAACGCUGAACGUGCCUACACUGUGAUCAUACAAAAGUCGAGGAAAAUGCUCCCAACUGACGAGCCUGUUGUGUCCAACAGUUUCAGCAUUAGCGAACUUGGCAAGAUACUGCUCACCGUUGAUAACCCGACUAACAAGAAGAAGAAGCUGCUUUACCGGUACAAGGUCAUGCCUUAUGUUGCCCAAUGA